AUGGCUGCUUCAACCAACCUGAUCCUGCUCACGCUGGGUGUGAUGGCACUGGCCUCGGCCAGGGCUGGCCCCUUGCCCACCACUCAGCCCAGCACCACUGGAAAGGCCUGCCACAUGGACAGGUUCAAGUCCCUCUCUCCACGGGAACUGCAGGCUUUCAAGAGAGCCAGGGAUGCCUUGGAAGAGUCGCUGUCACUCAAGAACCACAAAUGCACCUCCCGCCUCUUCCCCCGGGCCUGGGACCUGAGGCAGCUGCAGCUGUGGGAGCGUCCCGUGGCCUUGGAGGCUGAAUUGGCCCUAACACGGAAGGUUCUAGAAGCCGCAGCUGCCAAAGAAGACUCAGCCCUGAGUGAUGUCCUGGACCAGCCCCUCCGCAUGCUGCAGCACAUUCACACCCAGAUCCGGGCCUGUCUCCCUGCCAGACCUGCUCAGCCCAUGGCUGGGCCCAGGCCCCGAGGCCGCCUCCCCCACUGGCUGCACCGACUGCAGGAGGCCUCCAAAAAGGAAACCCCUGACUGCCUUGAGGCCUCCGUCACCUUCAACCUGUUUCGGCUCCUCACGUGGGACCUAAAGUGCGUGGCCAGCGGGGCCCUGUGUGUCUGA